UGAAAACUUGCGGUGACUAGGUACAACUGGGCUUUUUCGAUUAUUUUCUUAUUUUCUAGAACAUUAAAAUGUCUUCGCUAAAUGUUUUAGCGGCUGACAAAUUUGCACAAAGCGAACGAUGUAAACCAUUGUUACAAUGUCAGCACAAGUUCCUGAGGACAAAUUGAUGGGUAUUCAAUAUCAUCAAAAGGUAUGCGAUAUAUUUUAACCGUUCAUACUCCAUGUUUGUAGGUUUUUUUAAUUGCAUGUAAUUUUGAAUAUUAAUAUUAUUUAUAAAAUUUUAAGUUUGUUCUUAUGAAUUUUAUAAGUGUAAAUUAUAUCAAUAGCAUAGGCUUUAUCUACUGGAAAUGUUUCUGAAUUAAUUGUUUUUAAUUUAUUCUCUACUUUGAUAAUAAUUAUAGGUAAUUUGUCAUUUACCAAAAAUAUUUAGUAAAAUUUUGUCGAAAGUUCAAUCAUUUUGGACACGUUAAGCAUUGAAAAUUAUGAUACAUUAAGUAUUUUCUUAGUAAGUCGUUCAAUUCUAUACAGUUUGAUUGAAUUCUAUUUUAAAUGAUUACCCCAGGUAUUUCUUUACUUUUAACACAACUAAAAUAUUAUAAUUUUCAUGCUUGACAAACAAUACGAAUAGGUUAUNUUAAUAAUUAUAGGUAAUUUGUCAUUUAACAAAAAUAUUUAGUAAAAUUUUGUCGAAAAUUCAAUCGUUUAAAAAACAAUAAAAUGGGAAUCUAUAUGAGAUUAAAUACAAUUUAAAAUCAAAACCACAUAAGACAUAACUUAAUGAACGGCACCAAUAAAAACUAUAAAAAUAGACCUAAUAAAUUAUUAAAACAAAAUAAUUUUUUUUUUUUUUUUUGAAAACGUGUUUUGGUAAAAUCGAAUGCAAUUGCUUUCGUUUACACUAACAAAAUACAUAAAAAAACUUAAGAUUUUAUAAAUAAUAAUAAUAUUCAAAUUUUAUGUAGAUAAAACUAAUAGACAUUUUCAAAUAAGAUAUAAAAAACACAUUUUUAAAAUAAAAUUAAAAAGACUGCCCCCCCCCCAAUUCAAAUAUCGCUAAAAAUAUUCUAGAAAACAACCAUAAUAUAAGUUUUGAUAUCAAUACUACAGACUUGGAACUAUUAAAAAUCCAAAAUAACAUUUAUAUUAAUUGAGUUUUAGAAGAAUUACACAUACACAAUGAAAUAAUCACAAAUAAUAUUUUAAAUGUACAAACCCAUUUUAAAAAUAAUAUCUAAUAUCAAUACAUUUUAAAUAUACUUUUAUUAUUUUGAAUUCAGGUGGUCGCUUUUUGUCGAAUAUGAUAAGUGGCUAUACAGUUGGCCGUUCUAAUAUUGUAAAGUAAGUAAAUAAAAUUAAGAACGAUUUUCAAUAAGUAAUAAUAAUCUUUAUUAAUAAAAAAAAAAGUUGAGAUUGCACAUAUUUAAAUAUUAACUAUGAUAUCAUUAAUUAUUUAUUUGUCUUAGGCCUGGAGCAAUUGUCGGAUUUUGUAAUCCAUUGCUAGACAUGACUGUUGUUGGGAAUCAAUAUUUAUUAAACAAAUACGGUCUCAAGAAGAAUGAUGCAAUUUUGGCUAAAGAAGAACACAUGCCUCUAUACGAUGAAAUAUUAAAAGACAAUAAUGUCGAUUUCACUGCUGGAGGUUUGGGUUAAAGUUCAUAAAAAGUUGCUCAGGUAUUUAAAGUGCCAUGUUUGAAUUCAAAAUUAAUAGUAUUCAAAUCAAUUAUAACUAAGCAUUUGUAGUGGAUUUUGAAAAAACCGAAUACAAUGGCUUUUUUCGGCGCUGUUGGUAAAGAUAAAUACAGCAACAUUUUAAAGCAGAAAGCGAAAGAAGAAUGUCAAGUAUCAGUACUCGUCGAAAAUACCGACCGGUAAAAAUUUUUAUUGUUUGGGACAAAAAAAUAGUAAUUAUACAGUUACAAACAUUUGUAUCCACAGGAACUUGUGCUGUUAUUGUCACAAACAAUGGUUUAAAUCGAUCCCUUUGUUCAAAUUUAUCAGCCGCAAAACAUUUAGCGAAGACCAUUUGAAUGUUCUAGAAAAGAAGAAAAUUAUCGAAAACGCCCAUUUGUACCUAGUCACCGCAAGUUUUCAAAAUAUAAUAGACAAUUAUGGAU